AUGAACAUGAUUGAGUUGGAAAGAGAGAAAGGAGAAAAAGAGCUUUACAAACUCAAUGAUCUUCGGAAGAAAUUAGAGGCAGAAGAAGCAGAAGCCAAGAAUGAGAAACUAGUUCUUGUAACUCAUAAAUCAUUGUUUCCUACUUGGUCUCAUAAGCGUAUACAAAAAGAAGCCACUAAAGAUCCGAAUCUCUACUGGCUGGAGCCAACAAUCUCUUUCGACUUAAGUAUUGAUGUGGAAUUUAAGCUUGAUUUUCCCAUUACUCCAAGGGUAUUUCUCUUCAGGUGUUUUGAGAAGAUUGAGAAAUUUGUGAUCUAUGAUAGUGCAUUAAACCAAAAAUUCUUUUCAUUUUACUUGAAAUAUGCAAAACAACAAUAUGAGAUAUGGAACUUAAAAAGAAUCAUGGCAUUGAAUGUUGGAUUUUCGGUUCAGAUUUAA